GAAAAUCUUCCGAGGGUUUUUUUCGAGAGGAGAGAACCCGCGAAGGCGCGAACUAAGUCUGUUACUACUCAUUUUCUCCAUUUUAUACUUGAAUUCGUUCCCUUAAGCUCGAAAUUCUGUGUCUCUCUUUUUGUUAAUUCGCUAAUCGUCUCUCUCUUAAGUUUUCCUUCCGGUCUCGCUGCUCUCUGAUUGAUUGUGUUUAUACGUUUACCAGACUCAAAGACAAAUAAACUGACAUAUUUGGUCAAAUAGAAUGAGAAUUGAAGGAGGCGUAAACCUAAAUACAAUACUAAGAAUUCUCAGACAUGGGUUUAGGACUUUGUCAUAUGUCAACUGGGUUUCAGCUUCUGGGUUUCAAGUUGCUGCUCUUUUGGGUGUUGUUGGUUUGAUCUUGGCUAUAAGAGACGGUAAAGCGGGCGAUUUGAGUAGCUUAUUUUCCGAGAGAACGAGUCGUACGGAGAAGUUGCGGUUGGUUCCCGGGUUGCAAAAUCUUGGCAAUAAUUGUUUUCUCAAUGUAAUUUUGCAGGCUCUGGCCAGUUGUUUAUACUUCCAACCUUUUCUUCAAAAGGUUAUAGAGGAAUGUGAAUUAUUGGAGGAUGAAGGACAAGUUGCAAGCUUGCCGCUUACAGCUUCUUUGGCUACUUUAUUAGAAGAAUUAUGUGAAGUUGGUGGAGGAAGAGUUGUUUUGAGUCCACGUAAACUGAUGAUGGCCAUGGCUCAUUAUAUUCCAAAUUUUAACCUGACAACUCAGCAGGAUGCAGCAGAAGCUUUUCUUCAUCUUUUGUCCUCUCUAAGAGAAGAAUUUUCAGAUUGUUAUCUUCCAAAUCAAUGUUCUCUAGUUGAUGUUUCUGCUUCCAGUCGUAGGAUUCUCAUCCCAAAGAUGAGGGAGGAUCGGUCUGAGCAGGAAAGAUGGCAGCAGCACUUCCUUGGACCAUUUGAUGGAAUUCUUGGUAGCAUAUUAACUUGUCAAAGCUGUUCAUCUCAGAUCUCAUUGAGUUUUGAAUCUUUUCAUAGCUUGCCUCUGUCACCGGUGUUUGCUAAUGGGGCCACCAUUAUGGUAGGAUGUACUUUGGAGGAUUGCCUGAAGCAGUUCAUCAUUGCCGAACACAUCGAGAAUUAUCACUGCAGCCACUGUUGGCAUGUGGCUGGGAUAAAGUAUUUGUCCUCUAUAGAGGCAAAUGAGACUGAGAUUGAAAAACUUCGGAGAUGUAGUGAGCAAGAAAACUGUGACUGUCGAAGACUUCUUCAUCUAGCAACACUACCGUGGUCAAACAAGUUUUCAUAUACGCUAAAGCAAUUAAGCAUUGCUCGUUGUCCAAAGGGUCAUAUUUCUUUCCCCUUGAUCUUGGACCUGUACCCAUUCAUGACAAGUGGGGUGGGAAUAAGGAGCUGGGGAGAAAAUUUUCAAAGAAAGCAAGUGAAGCUGCAGUGUGAAAAACUAAAAUCUCUUCGCAAUAAUUUCAAUAUGCAAUUCGAUACGAGAAUGGUUCAUAAUAUUUAUGGACAAAUGAGAGAUGUAAAUUCAAAAGAAUUUGUUUCCGAUGAAGCUGAAUGCACUUCAAAUGUACAAGCUGUUCGAGGAGAAAUCAAUUUGGCUCAAACUGAUGGAUGCUCAGAAUCUACGCCUACAAUCAUGCAUAGGCAGUCUGAUGACAGGGUGACAGUCGCUUCAGAAACUCAUUUGUACCGGCUUGUUUCUGUUGUGGAGCACUUUGGAAGAGCCGGUAGUGGGCAUUAUACUGUUUACAGGUGUGUGAGCUCUGAUUUACACAAGUUCGUUCCCGAUGAUCAAUUUGAGCCUGCCUCGGCACGUUGGUUUUGUAUUUCAGAUUCUGAUGUGCAGAGUGUCUCUGAAGAGGAUGUUCUUGCUGCCGAGGCUAGCUUGCUCUUCUAUGAAAAAAUUGUCCGAGGCUAGAAAAAUUGCAUAUAUAUAUAUAUAUGCAUAUAUAUGUUUGUUGUGAAACUUCCAUUUUUAUACCAGAAAGGCCGAAUGAUGCUGUUUCAAUUGCAACUCCAUAUAGAAAAGACUCUUCAAGUUCAAGCUACCAAAGGCCGUUACAACUUACAAGAGGCAUUAGCAACUUGGAGAGCCUAAAAAGUUGAAGGUGAAAACCAGAAGAUUCCUAACUGGUAGGAUUAUUUUUAUGUAUUGUUAAUGGGCCAGGAAAGAUUGGUAUAUACCCAAACAAAUGCACUAAUGGAUUUAGCAUCUGGAAAGAUGAUGGGCCAGCUGGAAAGAGUUGGUAUACAAUCUGCUUUGAAAUGGCGUCUAGAA